AUGAAUCGCCAAAUUACAGUUAAAAUACCACUGAUGAAAAUUACUUCGUAUCACAGCAAAGAAACGAAUCCUUUCCAAGCUUCUAAUAACAACGUUCAAGUGUCUCCGGUGUUAGCUUUUGAUUCUGGCCCAGGAUUUGAGUCAAGACCGCUUCUUGAGCCCGACCUUCGGAAUCUACCAAAUGUAGACUCAACCGAACUAGACAGCUCUUUACGAGAUUUAUUGAUGGAAAAAAUGAAAUCUGGCAACGUUUUUACCGACGAUAACGAUGACACUAUUUCUGAAAUUUCAACGUGCAGCUCGGUAGUCGCUCUAGAGACUGUUGAUGAGAGUGAUUCAGCAAACACCACUUCAGCGCCGACAGGUAGCCGAACGACCUCGAGGGCGUCUUCGUUUAAUGCCGGAUCGACGUCGAAGACUAACGAAGGAACCAGUUAUCAUUCAUUAAGCGAAGCCGAAGAGGAAGAUGGUCGAAAAACAGCAAUGAAAAAGUCUAAGAAAAUAUCUGACUUGUUUCCGUUUAACGCUGCAAGUCUUGGCGGAAAUGGGGUCGCUGAUGAGAAUGAUGAGAUUCGACCCCCUGCGCCCUCUGAGAGAAGAAGAAAGCUCAGCAUCACUAGAAGAAUUUCUCCGCUAUCUUUGCAUGGAAUUUUCGCUGGGAAUCAAUCUACUGGUUCGAAUAAACAAGAUGUUACUAACGAGAAAGAAACAAAGAGGACUCGCAAAUUAUCUUUGACGAUAUUUCAUAAACCAACGAGUGAGAAAGAACGAAAGAGACGAAACACUGACCCACAACUUCCACCAAAUCAACAAGUGGCAACUACCAUUGAAAACGAAGAGAAGAGAAGAGUAGAAGAGGCAGCGAAUUUAGAGCGUAAAGAGUCACAAACCAAGCCUGUCCCUGAACAAGCCUUCUUCAAAGAGGAAGAUGUCAAAAUCCACGACCUCAUUAGGCAUGUGCUGCGCGCGCAUCUUUUAUCAAUGAAAGAAUACAAGCGAGAGACUUGUGAUCGAGUUUGUAAAAGCAUCUGUAGGAUUUUAAAAACGCUUGUAGAGUCCAUGAAGGAGACGGAAAAUGUUCAGUGCAAGGUUGUAUGCCAAGCGUACAUUGGAUCCGUGAGAGACGAGGGAAUGUUCGCCUCUGUCCAGGCCUUAUGGGAGACUGAUCGAGAUAACUUCGCUGCAGCGAGUUUCAGGAGUGAUUCUUUGUUUGGAUUUGCGUCUGUUAUAACAAACUCUUUAUACUGA